UCCCUGUGAGUCAUAUUUAUAGCACAGCUCUACCUAUAUACAAGCGCGCGUGAUGACGCACCUCAAAUGCAAAUGUCAAAUGCAAACCUGACGCUUCCCGGGGGAUCUGAGGGAAGGCUGAAGUCUUUCUAUUUUUCUAGUGUUUAAAUUGUUCAACCACUCCCUGCUGUGACUGUGAACAGAGGUUUCGUAUAUCCCGCCCUCCCUGGAGUUCUGACACACAACGCCCCAUCUCAUUGCCACUAGGAUAACCACCUCGCCUGUUGUGGCAAACGGGGCAGUUUUAACCAGCCAACACCAUUUGUGGAUUUAUGUAAAAGUGUCAGAAGCUCAGGAGAGCGAGGGGACGCGAAUUCCAGACUUUCGGACACCGAUCUGCCGGGUUCACCUGUACAGGCAUGAAGGCUUUUUUCCAGCUUGCCACAUUGCUGUGGUGUUUAACGGCAAGUUUCUCCUGGGCAGCUAAGAUUGUGGUAGUUCCUCCAAUUAUGUUUGAGAGCCACCUUUAUAUUUUUAAAACCCUGGCCUCUGCUCUCCAUGCUGAGGGACAUGACACAGUCUUCCUGGUCUCCGAAGGUCGCGAGGUCCCACCUUCCAACCAUUAUCGUCUCCAGCGCUACCCUGGAAUCUUUAACAGCACCUCAGCCGAUGACUUCCUCCAAUCAAAAGUUCACAACAUUUUCUCAGGUCGUCUCACAGCACUGGAACUUUUCGACAUCCUUGACCAUUAUUCUCAAAACUGUGAUGCCGUUGUUGGGAGUGCUUCUGUUAUGGAGCAGCUAAAACGUGAAAAGUUUGACCUCCUGCUCGUUGAUCCUAAUGAAAUGUGUGGAUUUGUUAUAGCUCACAUCUUGGGUGUCCAGUAUGCAGUAUUCAGCACAGGACUGUGGUACCCUGCGGAAGUUGGGGCGCCAGCACCUCUGUCUUACGUCCCAGAAUUUAACUCUCUACUAACGGACCGUAUGUCAUUGUUCCAACGGGUAGCUAACACAGCAGUGUACCUUGUUUCCAGAUUUGGUGUCCGGUUCCUGGUUUUGCCCAAGUAUGAUCGCAUCAUGAGGAAAUACAACAUCCAGCCAUCUGUGUCCAUGCAUGAUCUAGUUCAGAACAGUCGACUCUGGAUGCUGUGUACUGACAUGGCCCUCGAGUUCCCACGACCCACUCUGCCACAUGUUGUCUAUGUAGGUGGCAUCCUCACCAAACCCCCCAGCCCCUUGCCACAGGAGUUUGAAGCCUGGGUGAAGGAAACAGAUGAACAUGGUUUCGUAGUGGUGUCGUUUGGUGCAGGAGUUAAGUAUCUGUCAGAUGACAUUGCUCGGAAACUUGCAGGAGCCUUGAGCCGUCUUCCCCAGAGAGUCAUCUGGAGGUUCUCUGGAGUUCCUCCUUCCAAUCUUGGCAACAAUACUAAACUAGUGGAGUGGAUGCCACAGAACGACCUGUUGGGCCACACAAACACACGGGCCUUCUUGAGCCAUGGGGGCUUGAACAGCAUCUAUGAGGCCAUGUAUCACGGCGUGCCCGUGGUGGGGGUUCCACUGUUUGGAGAUCACUAUGACACCAUGACGCGAGUUCAGGCCAAAGGCAUGGGCAUAAUGCUUGAGUGGAAAAGGAUGAGUGAAGAAGACCUUUACACUGCCAUGGUUAAUGUCAUUACAGACACAAGGUAUCGUGAGCGAGCACAGCUGCUGUCUCAGAUUCAUAAAGAUCAGCCUGGUCAUCCAGUGAAUCGGGCGGUUUACUGGAUUAGCUAUAUACUGCGUCAUCGUGGCGCCGACCACCUCCGCUCUGCAGUCUAUGAGAUCGCCACCUACCAGUAUUUCUUAUUGGAUGUCGCUGUGGUGAUAGGAGUGUGCCUGCUUCUCCUUGGCUACUUGUUAUUCCGAAUAGGCAAGUGCAUCCGGUCACGAAUGGUGCGCGGUUCAUCUCCGGAAGAGAAGGUGAAUGGACAUUGUCAUAAUGGAAUUCCAAAUGGCAAGCACAAAAGAAAUGGCCAUGUUAGAAGUACGGAGAAGAAACUAAAGUAAAGCACUAGGAGAAAUCAAAACUAACGCUUCACUAAAAAGAAGAAUUAACUACUCUUCACUCAAAGCAGGGCCUAUCCAGGAAAUAAAUAAAUGGGUCAUUAAAGUAACAAACCAACCAUUAUAACAACAAACUGUAACUGGGAAGCCAAAGUAAGGAAGAAUGGAAGAAAACCAGAAAACAUAAACGGAAAGCUCCUGAGAAUAUAUAUUUUUUUCUCCCCUGUUGAAUGGAGAUAACGUUCACUUGUAGUCCUGACUGUUGAGUUUAUCCUUGUGGAAAAAGCAACAGUUUUUGAAGUUUAGGACAUAACGAGAAGCUAUCAUGCUAGGGGGCAUCAGGUUUUACUACAUCCAAAUACAACAGAGAUCUAUAUCUAUUUAUAGAAAUGUCAUACUUUUUUUGUGCGCUGAAUUUAAUUUAUGUUCUAUAUUUAUGUUUCACGCACUCCAUCCCUCCUUUGUUUUAAUUUCUUCAGAAAUAUUAAUUCUUGGAUGUUAGCAGCGCUAGCAAGCUAGCAUAUUUGCUAGUGUUUAUGUUGCCAGCUUUGCCUUAAUCUUUUAAUAGAAUUUUCAGUCUGCUAACAUACAACUUCAUUCCUUGUAGAAGCAAAUCUGCACUAGUUAAUGCUGCUGGUUAUGCUAGCUAUGUAAAAUACUAGAGAUUUUGAUGGAUGGGGAUAGUUAAACUUGAAACUUUGUUUCCA